GAAUGACAACCAGUGAGAGCAUGUAAGGUGCGAGAGCGCUCGACUCAUGCAUUCUAGAAAAGUCCGACCAGCGGCAUUUUUUUUUUGCAUAUCCAACAUUAGCAUUACUGACGUUGACUUCUUCUUGAAACGGCGUGUUUCUGGCACGUUCUUUUAGUUUGAACCCACAAAAAAUAGUUUAAAAUCGAAAUGGAAAAGGUGAACGAACUUAAAGAAAAGGGCAACAAUGCACUGACCGCUGAAAAGUUUGAUGAGGCUAUUGCGGCCUACACAGAAGCCAUUACUCUGGAUGGUAGGAACCAUGUUCUAUACAGCAAUCGCUCCGCUGCAUAUGCAAAGGCUGGAAAAUUUGCAGAGGCGUUGGAGGAUGCCGAAAAGACCAUUGCAUUAAAUCCCACCUGGGCCAAGGGUUAUUCACGUAAAGGAGCCGCUGCCGCAGGGCUCCAGGAUUAUAUUAAGGCCUUUGAGGCCUAUAAUGAGGGUUUGAAACAUGAUCCUCAUAAUGCUAUUCUGUUGCAAGGACGUCAGGAUAUCACUUCUUCUGUGUUGAAUUAUAUACAGUCGCAGGGUGACAUACCGAUGGACGUUGAUGGUGAAGUCCCCCCAUUUGGACGUCGUGCCCCGCCACCGGCACAGAAGCCGGAAGAGCCGCCAAAGCCAGCUGAGCCAAAAGUUGAAGAUAUGUCCGCGGAGGAGCGCAAAAAGUAUUUUGCCAAGAAAGAAAAAGAUCUAGGCAAUGCGGCCUACAAAAAGAAAGAUUUCGAGACUGCACUCAAGCAUUAUAAUGCUGCCAUUGAACAUGAUCCAACCGACAUAACGUUCUAUAACAAUAUUGCGGCAGUGUAUUUCGAGCGUAAGGAAUACGAUGAUUGCAUUAAGCAGUGUGAAAAGGGCAUCGAAGUUGGUCGCGAGAACCGCGCCGAUUUCAAGCUCAUUGCCAAGUCCUUUGCUCGCAUUGGUAACACCUACCGCAAGCUGGAGAACUAUAAGCAGGCAAAAAUAUAUUUUGAGAAGGCUAUGUCGGAACAUCGCACACCUGAGAUAAAAACAUCGCUUAGCGAAAUCGAAGCUAAGAUUAAGGAGGAGGAGCGUCGCGCUUAUAUUGAUCCGGCCAAGGCCGAAGAGGAAAAAGAGAAGGGAAAUGAGUUCUUCAAGAAGGGCGAUUAUAGCACUGCCGUAAAGCAUUAUACUGAAGCUAUUAAGCGCAAUCCCGAUGAUCCAAAACUGUACAGUAAUCGCGCUGCCUGCUACACUAAAUUGGCAGCUUUUGAUUUAGGCCUGAAGGAUUGCGACACAUGCAUUAAGCUGGAUGAAAAGUUCAUUAAAGGUUACAUACGCAAGGGCAAGAUUUUGCAAGGCAUGCAGCAGACUUCCAAAGCUUCGUCGGCAUACCAAAAGGCCCUAGAAAUUGAUCCAAACAAUGCUGAAGCUAUAGACGGUUACCGCCAGUGCUCGAUGAACUUUCAACGUAAUCCUCAAGAAGUGCUCAAAAAUGCCAUGUCAGAUCCUGAAAUUCAACAGAUUCUCAAGGAUCCGGCGAUGCGCAUAAUUUUGGAACAAAUGCAAAAUGAGCCUAACGCUGUGAAGGAACACUUGCAAAAUCCAGCCAUCGCCGAUAAAAUAAUGAAGCUGCUUGAAUCGGGAGUCAUACAAAUACAUUAGGACUAAUGGUCUAAAAACUUAUCGCUAAUAUUCAGGAGACACAACCAUUCACUACAAAUAAUUGCAACAAUAACCUGCGGCGCGCAGCCGCCAUCUAAAAAAUGAAAUGGAUAAAAAUAAGUCGUUAUAACAUUUAAAAAAAACAGCUAAAAAGAGCAAAAUACCUUAAAUAUUUCGCAACGCUAAACGGAUAAGGAAACACAAUUACGUCUGUCUAAUUGACUUAAGCAGAUGCUGGAGAAGCUCUUUUCGCCACGACGCCUCCUCCUUAUUUUCAUUCUACAUUAUACGCUGUAGCUUAGUUCUAAAAUAAGUUUUUGAAUGUAAAAAAAAAAUAAAUAUACAAGACAGAAGGUAAAACUAA